AUGCCGUCUUGGGACAGCCCUGUUGGCGCCCCCGCCACCUCGGCUGCGCACAGCCGCUCCGGCGACAGCCCGCUCACAAGCAGCAAAGCAGCGGUGGUUGCCGCUGUGCCCGCACCUGCAGCGGCCGUGCCGGGGUUGAUCCGGGUGCCGUCCUCGAUACACGAGGUCGACAACGGGAAGAUUCUAGGCUUUGGCGCUGAUCUAGCAGAGGAUCACCCUGGUUUUGGUGACGAGGCAUACAAGCAGCGGCGGGCGGCGAUUGCGGACAUCGCGCGGCGGCAUGAGAUAGGCGACCCCAUUCCUCGCAUCGACUACACCCCGGACGAGGUCCGCGCGUGGGGCACGGCGCUGCGGGAGCUGAAGCUGCUGUUCCCCACCGCCGCGUGCCGCGAGUUCCUGCACACCUUCCCGAUGGAGGACGAGAUCCCUCAGCUGCAGGACAUCUCGGACAUUCUCACGGCCACCUCCGGCUGGAAGGUGCGGCCAGUGGCGGGGCUGAUGCACCCCAGGGACUUCCUCAACGGCCUCGCAUUCAAGUACUUUCAUAGCACACAGUACGUGCGGCACCACUCGCAGCCAAACUACACGCCAGAGCCCGAUGUGGUGCACGAGCUCAUCGGCCACGUGCCGAUGCUGGCGGACCCGGAUUUCGCGCGGAUGGUGCAGGCCAUCGGGGUGGCGUCCCUCGGGGCCGAGGAGAAGACGAUCUGGCACCUGACUAAGGUCUACUGGUACACAGUAGAGUUUGGCGUCGUCCGCGAGGGCGGCGCGGUGAAGGCGUUUGGCGCCGGCGUGCUCAGCAGCUACGGCGAGCUUGACUGGAUGGCGCGAGGCGGCGCCGAGCUGGCGCCGUUCGACCCUUACGCCAAGCAGCCCAAGAUGAGUUACAAGGACGGCUUUCAGCGCAAGUGA